CCCCCUUUCAUUUUUCUCCUCCUCCUCUUCCUCCCCGCCGCGGAGCCGGGCGCCAGCGUGAAGGAUAAAUAAAAAGCGAAGAGGAAGAGGCUGGGGAGGAGGAGGAGGAGGAAGAAGGGGGGGGAGGAAAGAAGAAGAAGAAAGCGAGCAAGAAAAGAAAGCGAGGAGCCAGGCGGCCAGCCCAGCCGCGCCGCUCCCGGCAGCCAGGGCAGGAGGCGGCGGCGGAGCGGGGCCGGCGGCCGGCGAUGGAUGACCAGCCGCGGCUGAUGCACACGCACAGCGGGGUGGGGAUGCCGGGGCACCCGGGCCUGUCCCAGCACAUGCAGGAUGGACCAGGCGGGGCGGAGGGGGAGGCAGGCAGGAAGCAGGACAUCGGAGACAUCUUACAGCAGAUCAUGACCAUCACGGACCAGAGUUUGGACGAGGCGCAGGCCAGGAAACAUGCUUUAAACUGCCACAGGAUGAAGCCAGCGCUUUUUAAUGUCUUGUGUGAAAUCAAAGAAAAAACAGUGCUGAGCAUCCGGGGGGCACAGGAGGAGGAGCCCACGGACCCGCAGCUGAUGAGGUUAGACAACAUGCUGCUGGCAGAGGGGGUGGCGGGCCCCGAGAAAGGAGGGGGCUCGGCCGCCGCUGCCGCCGCCGCCGCCGCGUCCGGAGGAGCCGGCUCCGACAACUCGGUGGAGCACUCGGACUACAGAGCCAAGCUGUCCCAGAUCAGGCAGAUCUACCACACGGAGCUGGAGAAGUACGAGCAGGCGUGCAACGAGUUCACCACGCACGUGAUGAACCUGCUGCGCGAGCAGAGCCGGACCCGGCCCAUCUCGCCCAAGGAGAUCGAGCGGAUGGUGAGCAUCAUCCACCGCAAGUUCAGCUCCAUCCAGAUGCAGCUGAAGCAGAGCACGUGCGAAGCCGUCAUGAUCCUGCGCUCGCGGUUCCUGGACGCACGGCGGAAGAGACGAAACUUCAACAAGCAAGCCACGGAAAUCCUGAAUGAGUAUUUCUAUUCCCAUCUCAGCAACCCUUAUCCCAGUGAGGAAGCCAAAGAAGAGCUAGCCAAGAAAUGUGGCAUCACAGUCUCACAGGUAUCAAACUGGUUUGGAAAUAAGAGAAUCCGGUACAAGAAGAACAUAGGUAAAUUUCAAGAGGAAGCCAAUAUUUAUGCUGCCAAAACAGCUGUCACGGCUACCAACGUGUCAGCCCAUGGAAGCCAGGCUAACUCACCCUCAACUCCCAAUUCAGCUGGAUGUGAUCAUACCUUGUGACUGGUGGUGCUGUGGUGGGGGUCAUAUGCAUGGAUGGUAAACACAAAACCAGAAGAGUGGUCCACAAACCAUGGCUGGGAUUGCUUGCACUUUGUGGGGGAGAAAAAAACCAAGUAAUAGAAAAGUUAUUGUGUAAUGAUUUUAUUUCACUGGGGCUGAGAGCAUGAGUGAUCCUAAUGGACAAACCCCAGCAUUUCUGAGAUGUCCUGGCUCAUGCCAUUUUGGGGGUUGUUUUGGGUAAAUUUUUAUCCUUUGAUUUUCUUUCCGUUGUGGUUAUCUCUUUGAUUGCUUACAUGACAGUGUCUGGAUCACCUGCAAGAGUGUGCUCUGUGUGAAUUUUAUUUUCCCUUUGUGUCAGUGCAAUCCAGAGAAAUUCAUGGGUCAUUCCCUUCCCUUUCCCCUCUUCCUUCCCAUUUGCUGUGGUUUCCAUGUGUUUGUUUUGAGAAUCAAAGGCACAGAGCACUUUGUCCAGAUUUCAACUCCUCUGCUAGAGAACGAUGCUCAGUUCAUGCUUGGUGCCUGCUGCAAGGUUGGCCAACCCAAAAACAAUCAGGGGAUGCGGAUCCAAGAGCAAUGGAAAAUUGGGAUUUGUUUACAGGGAGAGGGGGGAAAAAAAUAACUUCAUGGGUGCCAUACACUUUGUAAUCCAUGCAAAUAUCUAUGUGCCUGUUUUCUUUUUAGGGGCGGGAGGGAAAGUGGGAAUGUGCCACCCUUGAGCCUUUGAGCUGAGUGUUUGCUCACGGUGCCCUUCCCUGGGGAUGUGAUGCUUGGUGUUAUCAGAGAGGCAGGAAGGGAGCAAAGAGGAUGGUGGGCAGCAGGAUGUCACACAGGCCAUGCAGAUGCUGGCUGCCAUCAGGACAUGCUUCUGUAGUGAGCACAACCCUGCUUCUGUAGGUAUCAGAGGAAUGACACUCCAGAAACACCCCUGGCUCUGGAGGAUUUGAGAGCCAGGGGUCAAACAAAGGGAGGAAGCAGUGACAUGGGUCUCUGGCCAGGACAGUCUCUCCCACCUCUUCUUCACCCAGGUGUGUUUGCUCUGGCUCAGGUGCUCUGAGGGCUUAGGUGAAUGCAGCAGAGCUCUGCAGAGACAGUUUGAUGGAGUUUUGUUUGAUUCUUUUUGGUUUGGGGAUUUUUGUUCCCCUCCCGUUCUCUCAACUGAUGAAGAUUUAACUGCAUUUUCAAAAGUGUCAUUCUUUCCAAAGAACUCACACAAAACACUUGCUCAGGUGGGCUUUCCUGGUGUUAACACCCCCUGUAGAAGAGACUGGAGGGAAUUCUACUGGAGAGGGCAGAAUUGUGUGUGUGGAGGGAGAGGCCUGCUGCCUGUGAUGCUGUCCUGCAGCCCACAUCAGUCUGGACCAAAGAGAUGCAGCUUUCCUUCUUUUCCUCUUUCUUCAGCUGGAGUCAGAUCCAAAGGUCUGGAAUAGCAUGGGAACAGCUUCAGAUUGCCUGAGUGGGUUAGGAUCUGGGCUGCACAUAGGAGAAUAAGCAUUUCCUCAGUGCCUGACCUGUUAAGUAGUGCUCCAGAGCAGGGCUGUUUCCUCGCCUUCCCCACGGGCAGUAACGCGGUUGUUUCAGAGAUAAAUUGGCCAGUGCCCUGCAGUAAACAGCUGAGAUAAUCCCUGGAUAACACUGCACUUUCAAGAAAGGACAAACAGUCCUGUUAUUAACAGGGAAAACUUGAGCUCCUGGGUCCUCUUUGUGGCUCACUUGUCUGCAGUCUGGAGUCAUUGACCUCUUUUCGCGUGCCUGAAGUGUCAGCGGUGCUAAAGCAGUGCGAGGGGAGCUUGCAGGCCACAGAGAUCCUUCUUCUGCUUAGAAAUAAAGUGUUCCUCACCUGGCCCAGGUCCCACACCCUGCCUGUAAUGCUGCAACAGUGGCAGAGCAGCAGGGAAGCCCCUGUUGCUCUUGGUCAGCUUGCAGAGGUGAUGGGUUUGGGUGUCCUUGUCGAUCCUCUCCUGAGAAGACAGCUGGAAUUGUGUGGGAUUUUUAUCUCCUGACAGUUGAGAUCCUCCCAGCUGAACCACACAGAUGUAACAGCUCAGUCGAGCAUCCCUGCAUGGUCACAUUCUGGGACAAAGACAUGUCCUGAGGACAUUGUGUGAUCUCCCCUGCUUCAGUUGUCCUGUAGGUCCUAGCAGCAAGAAGCAAACCUGCACAUGCUAGGUCUGAAAUACCUGUGUGAGAAAGAUUGGGACAAUUGUGUCCAGGACCAUGAGCCAUCAGAUGUGCUGAAUUCUCCAUGGAGGAUCAUGGAAGCUGAGGAAGAGGUGAAGAACUAAGAUGGCCAAUGCCUCUCCUUUUACACCAUGGAUUUCUUUCUGUUCCCAGAUCAUUGGCUGAGACUUUGGUGAGGAAGUAGCCUGAACAAAGAUAGGACUUUCUGGGAAUGUGUAGGACUUGUUGGUUUAAAUACAUUAUAGAGCAUGUGGAAAGAAAGUAAGCAGAGGGAGGUCAUGAGAAAGAGGUGACCAGCAGUGCAGUCCCUGGAGGGCCGUGAUGUUGGAAGAGGAGGUGGAACUGGAUGCAGUGGGACCUGGGACAGGAGCUAAAUUCAUUUCUGCUGUGGCCACGCAGGCCCAUCUGUUCUCUCAUUGAUGCCCAUGUUACUGGAGAUUGGUGAAUGGCUACAGUCAGUCAAAGAGAUUGGCCACACAUUGACAAGGGCAAGGAUUGCAUCUGUCUGGCCAUCUGGCAGGUUGAGAGCAGGGUCCCCCAUCCUCAGUCACCCAGGCCUGAAUGUCAAACACCUUUUCAUCCGGAGUACGCGCGGUUGGGCUUUAUCGGCCAGAUGUUCAAAUAAGCUGAGAAGUCUGGCUCAUUUGGGCUAACAACUCCCCGUCCUCACUUUGAUUUCCUGGACAACCUCAGCACAAAAACCACAUGGCAAAUGAAAGCUGUUUUAUGUGGGCAGAGCCUUUUGCCAGCUAGAAUCCUCAAGGGCCAUGCACAGGUGAUGGCAUCCAGUGAAAUCUUGAAUGCAGAGCGGCCAGAAUUGUCCUGAGCUGUUUUUCUUUACCUGCUCUUCCUUUUUUGCUUUGUAAAAAUUUUCUUGUGAAGCUGCUGCCUGGAAAUGUACUUCAUCAGGCAUAAGUGUCUUCUCUGCCUUCCUCAAUUUGUGUCCAGAACACACCAAUGGAGAGGACUCUGCUUCAGCAGAGACUGUUCUGGUCAUGCCUUCACUGUCCUCAAUGUUUGGCAAGUGAAAAAGAACAAAUGUCCUGCUGGAUCAUCCCUGGAUUUUGGACCUGCACUGUGGCUUUGUCCAGCUAAGGAGUUACACAGUCCAUCACCACAUUCUUCCCUCAUUUUUUGCCACGUAGAGACACCACAAAAAGUCAGAGGAGGCAUAAAUCUUGUGUUCUCAAUGCAUGUGUGUCAUUGCUGUUGACUUCAGCUAGGAAUCUUGUAGACAUGACCAAAGUCACUUCAGAGGUUCAGUUGGAUCUCUCUUGGUGGUGGUAGGUGGAAUGAGGCAGCAGAUGAGGAUGGCUUGAUUUCAGCUCCAGUGAACACCAUUACCCUGUUUGUUUAUUCGUGGUACCAUUUGAAUUGUCAAGAUACUUUAGAGAAAACUAGAGGUCCUGGAGAACUGGAGGUGGAAGUUGAGACAGUCAGAGCACAGAAGACAUCAGAGAAGUUGGAGAAGAAGCUCUCUGAAGAGCUGGAAAAGUGGUGUAAGAAAUACCAGCAGUCAAGUUUGUGAAGAUUUUUGAAAUGGAGGCAAAAUUGAGGUGGGCUUUGCUCAUCAGAGGUGUUAGAUGUGGAAGAAAUCUCUUAGAAGGCAUUGUUUGGAUUUAGGCUUCCACCCAGAGCAAGACUUGACUGCCAGAGUUUGCUCACACAUUUCCAGCACUCUUUCUAAAGCUGGUGCUGAUAGAAACUCAACACCAAGAAUAGUGGGGAUGAGUCUUGGUGUUAAAAAGAUGUCUGGAUGCUGAAGAUUAAACACUCUCCCACACUGCUGCAACCAUGGCUUUUCUGAUAGGUUUUUUUAUCUACCCACAAAAAUUCCAGGGACUUCCACACCAACAUCAGAGUGCUUUCCUCCGGGGCUCACGGGCUCAAAGAUGAGCUUCUCUCAUUCACAACCUCUCAAUUCCUGAGGAAUUCCAGACCAAAUUACAACCACCCAUUCAGGAAAAGAGCCUUUCAGAGAGACAGGUUAGAUUUACAAUGAGGCCUCCUCAUGAAGGACUUGACUCGUAUUCCUGGAUCUUAUCUGUCUGGAGGAUAUCCGAGUCUAAAUUUUCAGGGCUCUUCCCAGUGCUGCCCCCUCUCCCAGCUGGGUCCCCUCUUAGCUGGGUCUCAGACUUUGGGGCACUGUGAUUUUGGGCGUGGUGGGUGCACAGACAGCGAGUGCUGAAGCAGCAGCGUGGCAGUGCAGAGGGCUCUGCAAUUACAGCUCUGAUCCAAAUGCAUCCAUACGUGCAGGGCCAUUGGUAUGCGCAUAUUUAUCUCUGCAUCCACAUCAGCAGCAAGACAUAUUUACCGUUUAGAUAUGCACAUAUAUUGUAAAAACACCCCUUGCCAAUAGCAGUGUAUAUCUUGUAAGUGACAUUUCCAGCGCUCCUCAUGAUUUCCAAGACACCGUCGCUCUUCAGAACUAGAGUUUGUGGCUGUUUGUUUAUUUUUAUUUCCUCCCUCCCAGUCUCAAUUUUAUGGCCGGGUUUGUUAAGUUUCAAUAAAAUAUCAGUUAAGUUUAUGGCA